UUUCUUUGUUUGUUUUUCUUUAAUUCAUAUUGUUUUCCUACUUAUUUGUAUGGUAUUGACGGAGAUUUUUUGUGCUGCCUUGGUGCGAACGAGUAAAAGCUUUGGAAAAAAGUUCCAUUAUAUUUUGAUUUUCUAUGCCGUUCGACUUUAUGGCUAUGACCUUUCUUCCACAUUAUGGAAAGUUUUUCUCUUUUUGUAUUCUUUCUAAACGUGUUAUGUAUUCCAAUUAGGGAAUUGGUUGUUCGUCGCAUAAGAAAUGUUUGUCAAAAUGCCUUACUGACUCAUGCAUUGCUUCUCAAACCUUAGCGUCUAUGUUGAGGAAAAUGCUACAGUUGUCGUGGCAGUCGCUCUGUCGUCGUCGUGUAUUAUGUGAGCGGCCCGUGCACAUUGGAUGCUUGAUGGCUAGGACCUAUUAUUUACACUUGGAACAGCGCGUACUAAUUAUUGAAGUAACAGAUUCAACUAUAUCUCAUGCAAUGUUAUGCCCAUUUUGACAGUUAAAGAGACGUGGAAAAGAUGGUGUCUUGGGCUACAGCAACGUUUUCAUCGAAUCAACUGAUUCCAUUUUCUGCUGCUGUUAGUGCAGCGGCUGCUCCUUAUUCUAGCUGCACCGCCAAUUUCUUGGAUGUAUGUAGUCCAAGAAGGGGCAGGUUUGAUUUCUUUGUUGCCAAGAACCACUCGAGAGUGAGGACUUCCGUGGUUAUGUCAAACCGAGUUUCUUCGUUGCAAACCCAACUGAGUACUUGGGAAGAUCCUGAUGAUGGCAGUGGUAGUGAAUAUGAUGAGGAAGAUGAGGAAAUGGAAGAAAAUGACUUGGAUUAUGAGAGUGACUGGGAGGAAGAAAGAAAUGUCUCAGCUACAACUAGUGUUGAAAAGCCGACAACAAACAAGUACGAGGAGGAUCUUGUAAAAGAGGUGGAACAGCUUUUGGGACCCGAAGAAAGAGCAACUUUGCAACAGAAUGUGACACCUAACCUGGGAAAAAUAUCAACAGCAAAAUGGAGCCCUCUCCAUACUCUUGCGCUAUCGGGGCAAAUACCUUUCAUGGAUAAGCUAAUUGAAAAUGGGCUCAACAUUGAUGCUGUUGAUCAGGAUGGCCUCACAGCUCUUCAUAAGGCAAUUAUAGGCAAAAAGGAGGCUGUAAUUAGCCAUCUUCUAAGAAAAGGUGCCAGCCCUCAUGUCAAAGACCGGGAUGGUGCUACUCCACUUCAUUAUGCGGUUCAAGUUGGUGCCAUGCAAACUGUGAAGUUAUUGAUCAAAUAUAAGGUGGAUCUAAAUGUUGCAGAUAAUGAUGGAUGGACUCCAUUGCACGUUGCCAUCCAAAGUAGAAAUAGAUAUAUAACAAAAGUUUUGUUAGUCAAUGGAGCGGAUAAGAACAGGAGGAGUAAGGAUGGAAGAACACCCCUGGAUCUGAGUUUGUGUUAUGGGAAAGACUUCAAGUCAUUUGACCUCUCCAGGUUACUGAAGGUAGUCCCAGCUGACAGAGAUCUCUGAUGGAGACGGGAAUGCCACGUUGUUGAGAUAAAAUCUUCAGCUGCAAGAAUAUGUCUGGAGAUUUGUGUACUAAACUUCUUCACAGGCUUGCAUUCUGAGGUGGUGUGAGAAUUACUUCUUGAUUGUUUAAGUUCCUGGUGGUGGUGCUGUGAGAAUAAUCUUGAUCCUGAAGUUUCAUGAGGGGCUCAUUCAUGUCAACCUCCACAUUGAUUGGGAUGUGAAGAAUGAUGCUAUUGCCAAAGGACGAACUUUGUAGUAUGUAUAAAAAUAUGUCUAUUAUCAAGGAAUGCAUACUUUGAUGGGCUAUCCAUCCUGGGUCUCCAUGUCCAUUCUAUGAUGAUACUUGAUGAAAUUGGUUCCUUGUUUGCUAAUUA